AUGCCGCCACCACCCACCACCACCAUGACCCUAGCCCAUGCCACCACCACCACCACCAUGACUCUAGUCCAUGCCACCAUCACCACCACCAUGACCCUAGCCCAUGCCACCACCACCACCAUCAUGACUCUAGUCCAUGCCACCACCACCAUCACCAUCAUGACCCCAGUCCAUGCCGCCACCACCAUCAUGACCCCAGCCCAUGCCGCCUUCAUGACCCUAACCCCCAAUCCUCCCAGAUUCAAAAUCAGUGCCAUGACAUCAGACAGCCCACUCGACAAAGCUUUCCCAACACCCGUGGGUCCCGUCAUCGGCAUGCUGCGGAGCCGCCGCGGUGCAAAGGGGACACUCAAGGGCGGCCACGCGUUCCCGAGCCUUUCCCUGGGGUUUGGUGCCAUCCGGUACCCGGUGCCGGAUGCAGUUCAGACAGACCCGCCCAGCAUCAGGCUGACACCCAGCCGCCAGCGUGGAGAGAACUGGACCAGAAGGACCCGGCUGCCCCCGAAGGCUUCGCCCCGGUCAGCUCUGUCCGAGCGGGAGGAGGUGGAGCGGCAACAAAGGGCAGCAGAGCCGGGCGCCCUGGCCCUCGCCCUGCGGCCGCCGGCUCUCCCCUCCCCAGGGUCCCUGCAAGGCGAGUUCCAGAGGAAGCUCUACAAGGAGCUGGUGAGGAACUACAACCCCCUGGAGAGGCCGGUGGCCAACGACUCGCAGCCGCUCACCGUCCACUUCUCGCUGAGCCUCCUGCAGAUCAUGGACGUGGACGAGAAGAACCAGGUCCUCACCACCAACAUCUGGCUGCAGAUGUCCUGGACAGAUCACUAUCUGCAGUGGAACACGUCGGAGUACCCGGGCGUGCAGACCGUGCGCUUCCCCGACGGCCAGAUCUGGAAGCCGGACAUCCUUCUCUACAACAGUGCCGACGAGCGAUUUGACGCCACCUUCCACACCAACGUGCUGGUGAACUCCUCCGGGCACUGCCAGUACCUCCCUCCAGGCAUCUUCAAGAGCUCCUGCUACAUCGACGUGCGCUGGUUCCCGUUCGACGUGCAGCAGUGCCAACUCAAGUUCGGGUCCUGGUCGUACGGAGGGUGGUCCCUGGACCUCCAGAUGCAGGAGGCGGACGUCAGCGGCUACAUCCCGAACGGGGAGUGGGACCUCAUAGGCAUCCCGGGCAAGCGCAGCGAGCGGUUCUACGAGUGCUGCAAGGAGCCCUACCCCGACGUCACCUUCACGGUGACCAUCCGCCGGCGGACCCUCUACUACGGCCUCAACCUGCUCAUCCCCUGCGUGCUCAUCUCCGCCCUGGCCCUGCUGGUCUUCCUGCUGCCCGCGGACUCCGGGGAGAAAAUCUCCCUGGGGAUCACGGUGCUGCUCUCUCUCACCGUCUUCAUGCUGCUGGUGGCCGAAAUCAUGCCCGCGACAUCCGACUCGGUGCCCCUGAUAGCCCAGUACUUCGCCAGCACCAUGAUCAUCGUGGGCCUCUCCGUGGUCGUCACGGUGAUCGUGCUGCAGUACCACCACCACGACCCCGACGGUGGCCAGAUGCCCAAGUGGCUCCAAAGCAGCCAAGCAUUUGACUCCCAGAAGGUUGAAGCCACUGACAAGAUCUAUAGAAUUCCACGUGGGAAAAAAACUGGCCGCCAAACCCCUUCCGCAGACAAGAGACACAUUGCUGUUUACGAAGCCCCGCUGCGGAUCAGCUUUAUUUAUCGUUCCUAUUUCAAGAAAGGUCAUGUUCCUGCUGGACGCCACAACCCCUGAGCUGGACAUUUUUCUUGCUUGUCCUCAUGUCAGACUGUCCUAUCUCAGCCAAGAUUUAUAUAAGAAGAGAGCUCCUCCAUUGGGGUUCAGGAAAGACAGUCAAUGCAUUAUCCCUCAUGGUUAUUUCACAGUUGAGUAGACCUCCCUCAACGAAUGACAGUCUAUCCCAGAAGUGAUGCAUCCCCUGGGUCCAUACGAUGCCCAUCUGCGAUAACUAGGAUUCAACACGGCAGAUGUUAACACUUUACGGGAGCAGCACCAGACAAACGCCUUGCCCUUCGGAAACUUCAUUUUGGCACGUCAUUUCUUCUACUGGCAACCGAAGCAGAACCAGACAGGCACCAGCUUCCACUGAGGGGUAUUUCUGAAUAAGAGAUUCAGGAUUUGCCCGGCUGGUGUGGCUCAGGGGUUGCGCA